AUGAUUACACACAAGUUCCAGUGUCGUAUCUUGUAUCUUUGUCUGGUUUUCUUCACCGUCCUGUUAAAGCUUGUACUGCUUGAGAUUCAGGCACGAUUUGAAGGCAAGUUUGACUUCAUUAGAAUGGGAAGCAGUGGGUCUGUUCUUGAAGUCACUGGUAUCAUCACUGCAUCACAGACCAUUCCAAGGAAGUUUUGGCUUGAUAAAAAUCACAUUCACAGGUUGAUGUGGAAGUCGUCUUUGAGAUGCUGUAUUAAAGGCAUGAUAGGGCCAUUUGGUUUGUUAGAUUUAGCAUCAGAAGAUCCAACAGAGAGGACUGUAAUAUCUCUCUGCGUAUAUAGAGUCGUGAGUCGUCGAUAG